AUGGACCCUUCCACCUUUAUCGAUCCCUAUCUGACCCCGCCCGAUCGACUGGUCCUCGAUAACCUGCUGCUCGAUAGCCAAUCCACCCCGGAAAAGCCCAAAUCAUCCGGUGGAACACCCGUCCCAUCAGAUGCCGACGCGACCGUCAGCCAACUGGAGGCCUUCAAUGACCCCCGGCAUGCCGACUUUGUCCCUACCAUCUUCUUUACCUGGGAUCUGAAGGACAUCAAGCUGCCUCCGCUACUGGAUGCAUGGCUGCUGCAACCGUAUAUAAAGGCCGCGCGGUCCAUCGUCCGGGUGGACACCGACGUGGUCAUGCUCACGCAUCUCUUGCUGUACUUCACCACCUCUGUGCCUAGUGCCAUCUAUCUCUUCCGUAACUUCCACUGGGUCCAUGGCGUGCUGCACUGGAUCAUGCAGUCCUACUAUGUGGGCACUUAUACCCUGAUGAUGCAUCAACACAUCCACAUGGGCGGCAUCCUGAAUAAGCGUCACUGCUGGCUCUUUGACACCCUGUUCCCCUACAUCACUGAUCCGCUAAUGGGCCACACCUGGAACUCCUACUUCUACCAUCACGUCAAGCAUCACCAUGUCGAAGGCAACGGACCGGAUGAUUUGUCUUCAACAAUCCGCUACCAGCGUGACAGUCUCGCCGAUUUCGCCUGCUACAUCGGCCGCUUUUACCUCUUCAUCUGGCUGGAGCUGCCCACGUACUUCCUGCGCAAGGGAAAGACUCUGUUGGGCCUGAAAGCAGCCUUUUGGGAACUCAGCAGCUAUCUGAUGAUGUAUCUACUUUGGAACUACGUCAGCUGGAGAGCGACGCUGUUUGUCUUUGUUCUCCCGUUCCUGCAGCUGCGCGUGGGUCUCAUGGUGGGGAACUGGGGACAGCAUGCGUUUGUCGACGAGACGGAUCCCAACAGCGACUUUCGUUCCAGCAUCACCUUGAUUGAUGUAGCGAGCAACCGCUUCUGCUACAAUGACGGCUAUCACACCUCGCACCAUCUGAACCCGCGCCGCCACUGGCGCGACCACCCUGUGGCCUUCCUGCGGCAAAAGGACCGGUAUGCGGCCGAGCAUGCCCUCGUGUUCCGCAACAUCGACUACAUCAUGAUCACAGUGCGACUGAUGCGCAAGGACUACGACCACCUGGCGCGGUGUCUCGUGCCGAUGGGCGACCAGAUCGGCAUGACGCACGCGGAGCUUGCGGCGAUGCUGCGUCGCAAGACGCGUCGUUUCAGCGAGGAGGAAAUCAAGCGGAAGUUUAGCUGA